AUGGAAAGAUUCACAAUUAACUCGUUGAUGCCUCAAGUAAUUGACCAACUUGACCCUAAGCAAUUCGCCCUUCCAAACAAAUCAACUACCCAUGCCCUGGUGUACCUUCUCCAUCAAAUUCUUGCUGCCUUAGACAGUGGUCAUAAUUUCAUCAGAUUGUUUUUCGCCGAUUUCAGGAAGGGCUUUGAUUUAGUGGACCAUAGCGUUAUUAUAAACGAACUUGAAAAUCUUAAUGUCCACCCUGUCCUCACUCGCUGGAUUAAAGCGUUCUUGACCAACCGUCAACAAUGUGUCAAAGUGGAUUGCCAUAAAUCCUCAUGGAAAACCACCAACGGAGGUUUACCCCAGGGAACAUGUCUGGGCCCUCUUCUAUUUGCUAUCUUGGUUAACCCAUUAUUAAAGGACUGGAAUGGUCGCCUAAAAUUUGUCGAUGAUACAACAGCAAUGGAAGUAGUCCCAAGGUGCUCUCCUAGUCUAUUGCCUUUAGUUGUUCAAGAAAUCUCAAACUUCUCAUCCGCUCGUGGAAUGGAGCUUAAUCCCAAAAAGUGCAAAGAAAUGAUCAUAAAUUUCCUUCAAUACCGAAUUCCAUGUAAUCAAUCAAUGUUCAUUAAUAGUCAAUGCGUUGAAAGAGUACACAGCUUUAAGAUCUUGGGUGUCUAUCUAUCAGACGAUCUUACCUGGAAUGCCCAUGUUGACCAUAUCUUGAAGAAAGCUAACUCCCGACUCUUUGCCCUCCGUUUAUUGAAGAAAGCAGGCCUGGGUCACACUGAUCUUAUAACCAUCUACUGCUCAGUUAUUCGCUCCGUACUCGAAUACGCAUCUCCAGUAUGGGCAGCUCUUCCCGACUACCUAUCCUCUCAUCUUGAAUCGGUCCAAAAGAGAGCACUUAAGAUUAUAUUCCCUGACAUUUCUUAUUAUGAAGCAUUGCAGUCCUCAAAAAUCAAAACUUUGGAAUGUCGAAGAGAUGAGUUAUGUAGGAGAUUUAUCAACUCAACCCGGAAGAUAGCCUGUAAUAACAAUCCAGUCCAUAACAUAAUUAGACCCUCCCGAUCACUUGGCGAACAUGAUUACUUUUUACGUAGACCAAAUAAUAGUGCAACAGUGAGAACCUUCACUGAACGUUUCGAUAACUUUAUCACUAUUAAAUAUAUGUAA